AAGUCUCGAUAGCACCUACAAUAAUUUGCACCAAAACGAGGUUAUAGUAGUUCGAAAGACGAGAGGAGGUGCACGGUAACGAAGAAUGCCGUUGAAGCCUUGAAAGGACACAUGUUGUACGCUGUUGCGACACUCCAGAAACACUGUCUCUCUCUUAUGGCCACUAAACCUAACCCCUCUCGCAUCACUCACUUAGCAGGGGCGAGGUGGGAAAGCGUCGCAAAGAAGCCUAGGAUGAUGACAACUGACGCUUCUUUGACUGACGCUUUCACCAAGUACGCUGAGUAUCUCAAUAAUCUUGAGAUCAUUUGGUCAGAGGCUCUUUCUACCAUUGCUGCCACUUCAUCGCCGAAUGAGAAGAGAGAAAAAGUGGUCAAAGCAAGCCGUGAUAUCACUAUGAACAGUAAAAAAGUGAUUUUCCAGGUGCACAGAAUUGGCAAACAUAACAAAGAUGAAGUAUUAGAGAAAGCAGAGAAGGAUCUACAAGCUGUGAGGGACCAACAUGUCUCUCGACUUGUGAAAGAAUUGAACGGGACUGACUUUUGGAAGCUGAGGCGUGCAUACUCACCUGGGGUACAAGAAUAUGUUGAGGCUGCAACAUUCUGCAAAUUCUGCCGAGCUGGAACUCUUCUGAAUCUUGAUGAAAUGAAUGCGACUUUCUUACAAUUAAGUGAUCCGUCUAUUGAGCCUCUGCAGAUUAAUAUACUUGACUACCUUUUGGGGCUUGCAGAUUUGACCGGAGAGCUGAUGAGACUGGCUAUUAGCCGCAUAUCAGACGGUGAACUUGACUUUGCUGACAAGAUAUGCAGGUUUGUACGUGAUGUGCACAGAGAGCUGACCCUUGUUGUUCCAGCUAUGGAUGACAGUCAUGAUAUGAAAACAAAAAUGGAAACGAUGCUUCAAAGUGUGAUGAAAAUAGAAAAUGCUUGCUUCAGUGUACACGUGAGAGGAUCCGAGUAUAUUCCAUUGAUCGGAUCAAAUGAUCCUAGCUUCCCGCUGAUGGGAGUUCCAGAUAUGGAGCUGUAGAGUAUCAUUGGUUUCAUCAGUUCCGGGUUUUCUUACUGACAUUUGUAACUCUACGCGCUAGCUGCUGGUAUAUUAUUGACCGAUCUUUAUAAGAUGCAGGAAGCAUUGUAGAUGUUUAGUACUCUCGUGCAAGGGCAUCAUUCCAUAUUACCCAGAGAAGCAGAUAUCACUUCAUGGUGACCAUGCUUGGUAAUUGCAGGGGCAUUUAUGGUUAGUUUUGUUAAUAGAUAUAGUACGACCUUUCAUUUUUCGUUGAAUCCGCAAAUUAUGGCCUGAAAAGUCUUUUCGAAGAACAUUACUUGACGUUCAUGAUUUUGUGUUCAAAUUUCCAAUUUUCUCCUUGUAAAAUUUAUAUGGGAUGUGCAUGACAUGCACAUUAAAGAGCAAUUCAUGAUUUAGAUCACAUAGAAAA